AUGUCGCCAAACACUCCAGGCCCUAACAGGGCUUUGGAGAUCCAAGUGCCAUGUAUUGUCUUUUUAAUCACCACGCCGGCCUUCGUGGCGAUCCGGCUAUGGGCUCGCUUCAAUUCCAAGUCAGGGCUUGGCUGGGACGAUUGGACCAUAUUAGCAUCUACCGUUUUUGCGAUUAUUGUCAUGGCAUUCAUGCUCGCCUCCUGUGUCUACGGCUUUGGCCAACACAUCAAAAAUCUCGCAAGAUCAAAUCGGCUAAUGACCUUGAAGCUUUUUUUCGUCAGUCAGGCGUUCUACAAGCUCACCAUGAAUACAACCAAAAUGUCUAUCCUCAUGCUGUAUCUACGAAUCUUUCCACAGCGUUGGUUUCGCAUUACCUGUUACGCGCUUUUGAUUAUCCUUACUUCUUACAUGGUGGCUGCGUUCUUUGCAUCUAUCUUCCAAUGCACUCCGGUGACACGAGCCUGGGACAGAUCUAUUCCUGGAUCAUGCAUUGACAUAACCACCAAUUGGUACGCCAAUGCCGGCUUCUCAAUCGCUACCGACUUCAUUAUACUGGCACUGCCAAUGUAUCCAAUCUACAAAUCGAAGACUCCUUUGAAGCGAAAAAUCGCCCUGAUGAUUGUGUUUGCACUCGGCACUUUCGUCGCCGUGACAAGCAUUCUGCGGAUGCAGACCCUCAACUUCUCGUCUACCAGUCCUGACACUACCUACGACAUCGCCUCCUCUGUAUGGACCAUAACCGAGGAAAACAUCGCGAUAAUCUGUGCCUGUCUGCCAAUGAUGUGGGCGCCACUUGCUAGGCUCUUUCCCUCGCUAUUCUCCAUAAGGAACGGAGGCGAUAGCCAUGUUAGCUUGGCCGUCAGGAGCCUGGGGCCCGACACCACCUCACGGUCUCGAAGGAGUUGGACCCAGCUUCCUGGGGCCUUCGAUGACAUAGGCGGCAGCGAUGUUAACCACAACAGCGAUUUCCAAAAUCGCCCCUCGGAAGAUAGCACGGGCCAAAUUCUUCCGUCUCGCCAGGGCGGCAAACCCCAGAAUCAGGAUGCAAAGGUCAUCCGAAAGGUCUCGGAGUAUCGGGUUUCUUAUUCCAGCACAAAAUAG